AUGGACUACGAAUCUAUCCACGGCCCAGGCAUCUCUAACUUUUCCUCGUCCUCCCCGCAUCGCAUGCCCACCGUCUCAGCAGCCCAGGCUCUCCAAGACCUCAAAGAAUCCCCCUCGCGAUGCAUAUCCACAGGGCUGCCCCUUCUUGACCGCGCGCUUCAGAAUAAACCCCAGUUGGUCCGGGGAAACGAGUCGGAACCCGUCGCUGGCGGGAUAUCCAGAGGGAAGGUCACCGAGAUCUAUGGCCCCCCAGGCGUGGGUAAAACUGCACUUGGUAUUCAGUUGGCCAUCAGCGCAUUAACUGCUGGCGAGGGCGUGGUCUGGGUAGAUGCUUCACAUCCUAUACCAGCUCUUCGAUUUGCUCAGAUGCUAGAUUCUCCUCGUCAAGCUCGGGCUGAAUUAAAAACAUGCUCCCCGUCAGCACCUUCCCCCUCGUCAGAUCUUCUAGAGAAUUUAGUCCAUUUCUCAACGCCAACGCUUGCACAUCUCCUCGCUUUAUUUUGUCGUUCAACAACAGACCAUCCACGGCCCAAUACCAGUCUUAUUGUUAUUGACUCCUUCUCUACGCUCAUCAGUACUGCAUUUCCCCGCCCAGUAAAUGCCGCAGCAGGACCUAAAACUCCACACGCACCAAAUCCAUCCGCGCGCAAGUUCCCCAUUCUUCAGCACUUGCUCAAUACUCUCCAGAAGCUCGCCGCUACUAGGAACAUUGCUAUAGUCAUCUGUUCACGAUGCGUUACCAAAAUGCGCCCCGGCAUAGGAGCUGUCCUGGUUCCAGCUAUCAACUCAACAACUUGGGACCAUGGCCUUGGUUGUAGGGUUGGUCUGUUUCGAGAUUGGGGUUGGAUUGACGACGAGGGUAAGCCAAUCAACGACGUGAGAUUAGCUGAAGUCAUUAAGGCGGAGGGUGUGACACUUCAUAAUAAGAAGGUGUGGCUGGUGGGGUUUUCCGUGGAUGAGGCUGGAUUAAUUCCAUUGCCGCUCCCUACGAUUUCUGCCCUCGAAUCAAAUCAUCAACCAUUAUCUACGGCAUUAAACAAGCCUAUUGUCACAAAGCUUCCCCAGAAACGCAAAUUCUCAACAGCCGAUCUCGAAGUCCCUGAUAGCGAAGGUGAUGAUGACGAAGACUACGGAUGGGCCGAAGAGGACGAGGAUGAUAUUCCACCCAUGCCGCCCCAGUGGCAAGGAAGUGAGGACAUCUUGAUACCCGCCCCGGGAGAAUUGGAGGCGGAUGAUGGAGACGAGGAACAGAACUCGGAACAGGAAGUUGACGAAGGCCAUGGGCCGGUAGUUGGUUUAACAGAGAUAGAAGACAGCGAGGACGAACUCGCCCUUUGA